CUCAAUGAAUCCGGAUGUCUUUUUUCCUGAUCUUUUCUCAAUGUGAGAACUGUUGGUGCAUUCGAUGAAAACAUGCGUCAACUUCUCUAUGUGCAUGUAUUCUUAUGCUGCCUCAGUACGGCUCAUCCCUUCUGUCCAGCCCAGUGCACCUGUGUCUUCCAUGGACGUACCGAUGGAGCAGGAAGCAGAUCGGUGCUCUGCAAUGAUCCAGACAUGUCUGAUAUCCCCGUCAACGUCCCUGUGGAUACAGUCAAACUUCGGAUUGAGAAAACCAUGGUACGGCGAAUCCCAACAGAAGCUUUUUACUACCUGGUGGAGCUACGCUACCUGUGGAUUACUUACAAUUCCAUAAGCUCAGUGGAUACUGCAAGUUUCUACAACCUCAAAGUGCUUCACGAGCUGAGGCUGGAUGGAAAUAUGAUCUCUAUAUUUCCUUGGGAGUCUCUUAGAGAGAUGCCCAGCCUGAAGACGCUGGAUCUACACAACAACAGGAUCACCAACGUCCCCAUUGACGCAAUACCUUACUUCCUCAACAUUACCUACUUGGAUUUGUCCAGCAAUAAAUUGGCCACCUUGCCCUCUGAGCUCAUGGAUAUCUGGCCCCCCUUCAAUGGAGCACCCAUCUCUACUAAUACCUCCCAGAAAGUUGUGUUAGGCCUCCAAGAUAACCCCUGGUACUGUGACUGUAAAAUCUCCAAGCUGAUUGAGCUUUCCAAAAUGACUGGCACACCGGUGGUUUUGAUGGACCUUUUCAUGACCUGCAGUGGACCAGAGAAUCUGGCAGGUGUCCCUUUUCAGCGUGCUGAACUUGACAAUUGUGUGAAACCAUCCGUUAUGACAUCUGCAACAAAGAUCACAUCCACUUUGGGCAGUAAUGUUCUCCUGCGAUGCGACACUACGGGGUUUCCAACGCCAGCUCUUUACUGGGCUAAAUCUGAUGGCUCACAAGUCAACAACACAGUCCAGGAGUCACCUGGAGAUGGCAUCAGAUGGUCCAUCAUGAGCUUGCAUGGAAUACUUUUCAAAGACGCCGGGAACUACAGUUGCAAAGCUAAGAAUGUUGCUGGCAAUGCAGAAGCUACCAUUUCUCUCUCGGUUGCCGGUGACCUCGGUACCACCAUCCCUCCACUGAAGCCUAGCAUCGAAACGGAAGCAACAAGCCAAAGCACAACAUUCACACCCCCAACGGUCACUCCUGACUUGCCCAUAUUCACAACCACAGUUCUUCCAAGAUUAUCAACAACAUCUGCUGCCCCUAAGAAGAUGAGAACUACCACCAGCAGCAGUUCACAGAAAGGCUCAUUAAAACAAGGAAAAACCCAGCAAGGAGGUAAUGGGAGAAAGCUUGCAGCUGAUGAAAAGAGCAAGAAAAGUGAUGCAAAGUCUGUCAAAGACCUUAAAAUUGUAGAAGAAACAUCGGACACUGCAGUGUUGCUCUGGACAGCAGAUGGGUUACCCAAUGAUGCCCCACUUACAGUCGUAUACUCACCGUAUGAUGAGGAUGACUCCAAAAGGACAUUGGAGACUAACGCUGGCAUUGGGAAAGUGCUCCUAGAAGGACUGUCUUCUGGGAUGAGGUACUCAGUGUGCCUCGUAGCGAAAGGUAGCGCUGCUGGAAAAGAUCCUUGCAUUGACUUCUACACGCUGGACAAUGUAGAGGAUAGUGGGCAGAGCCAGUUUUUCAUCAUCGUAAGCGGCAUUGCCUGUGCUUUGGUUUUGUCUGUUAUUGCACUGUUGCUCUACAAGAUUCUCGCUCUGUACUGCAAGGGACACAGCACACCUUUGGACCCAGAGGAGCUUGAAAAAGACAGCUAUGUCAAGUUUGAGACAAUUUCAAUGAAACAAAGGACCUUGAAUCCUCAUCCAACUGAGCUUUGGGCAAGGAGAGCGACUCGUGAAUCAGAGCGAAUGCUCCUGUGCUCCAGGUCGAGCAUCGACUCCCAGAUGACGUAUAAGAGCGACAGUUCCCGGUCUGAGUAUCUCUGCUGAUGCCAGGAAUCCAUGGCCAAUGUCCAAACGGCAUGCUAGCAACAUGUUCUGCCUUUGAAUGACACUGAUUAACUCUGAAAU